AUGACCAAGGAUUCAGCAGUCAUCAUUUUUAGUUAUUUCUUUGAUCUUUGGCAGAAUCCGUGUCCUGAGGCCUCCGCCUCCUUCCUGUCCAGGCUCACUUUCUGGUGGUUUACAAGCAUGGUUAUACAGGGUUACAAGCGUGCCCUGACCACCACGGAUCUGUGGAGUCUCUUAGACAGAGACAAGGCCAGGACAGUGGUGCCCAAAUUCCUGACGGAGUGGGACAAAGAAAGAAAUCCAAAGCAUACAUCCGGUCACAAAAGGAAGCAGAGAACGCUACGUGUCCACACAGAUUCAGUCAGGUACACCCCUGGUGAUUGGGCCGACGAGCCCUCAGUGACUCUUCAGACAUCGGAAGUCCGUCCAAACGCCUCCCUACUCAAGGCAAUCCUCCGAACCUUUGGAGGCGUUUUUCUGAUCGGGUCUCUCUUGAAGCUGGUGACGGACGUUCUGGUGUUUGCCAGUCCAGAACUGCUCAAGCAACUGAUUCGUUACACAGAAGACAAGAGCAUCCAACGCUGGCAGGGCUACCUCUACGCAUUUCUGAUCUUCGCGGCGGCGUUCCUGCAGUCCAUACUGCAGCAUCAGCACUUUCACAUCACCACCACCAUUGGGAUGCAGCUACGCACGGCCAUCAUAGGCGCUGUCUAUCGCAAGUCCUUACUCCUGUCCAACUCGGCCCGGCGCUCGGCGACGACCGGUGAGAUCAUCAACCUGAUGUCCGUAGACGCCCAGCGCUGCAUGGACCUGUGCACCUUCAUCAACACCCUCUGGGCCUCCCCGCUGCAGGUGGUCCUGGCCCUCUAUCUGCUCUGGCAGGUCCUGGGACCCGUGGUCAUGGCCGGCUUUGCUGUCACCAUCCUGCUCAUACCGAUCAACGGGGUCAUCGCGGUCAAAAUCCGCAAAUUCCAGGCCCAGCAGAUGGCGGCCAAAGACGCGCGCAUCAAGCUGAUGAACGAGGUCCUGAACGGCAUCAAAGUCCUGAAGCUGUACGCCUGGGAGACCUCCUUCCAGGACAAAGUCAUGGACAUCCGUAAGCAGGAGCUCAGGAUCAUGCUCAAGGCGGCUGUUCUCGGUGCCUUCAUGACUUUUGUCUGGACCAGCGCUCCGUUCUUUGUCUUGUUAUCCACCUUUGCCAUCUACGUCAACGCUGACGAGAGUAACAUCUUAGAUGCUGAGAAGGCCUUCGUCUCCCUGGCUCUCUUCAAUGUCCUCCGCAUGCCCCUGGCCAUGUUGCCUGGUGCCAUCUCACAAGUCAUUCAGGCAAGUGUGUCGGUGAAGCGAAUACAGAGCUUCCUCAAGAGUGACGAACUGGAUCUGUCCAACGUUUCAUCCCAAACGAGAGAAAUUGGCCAGGCUGUUUUGGUGGAGAACGGUGAAUUCUCGUGGUCCAAAGAUGAAAGUCCAAUUCUGAGAAACAUCAAUCUUAAGAUCAAGGAUGAGCAUCUUGUUGCCGUCGUAGGCCAGGUGGGAGCGGGUAAAUCCUCCAUGCUGUCAGCUCUACUAGGAGAGAUGGACAAACUACAAGGAUCAGUCGCUGUGAAGGGUUCGGUCGCCUAUGUGCCCCAACAGGCCUGGAUCCAGAACGCCACCCUGAGGGACAACAUCACCUUUGGUAAAGCACUGGAGGAGGACAGGUACCAGACGGUGAUUGAGGCCUGUGCCUUGGUACCAGACCUGGACAUGCUUCCCGGUGGGGACCUGACGGAAAUCGGGGAAAAGGGAAUCAACCUUAGCGGUGGUCAGAAACAACGUGUCAGCCUGGCGCGGGCCGUCUACAACGAUGCCGACAUCUAUCUCCUAGAUGAUCCCUUGAGUGCCGUGGACUCCCACGUUGGCAAGCACAUCUUUGACAAGGUGCUCGGGCCUAAGGGACUCCUCAAGAACAAGACGCGGGUUCUAGUCACUCACGGCAUCAGCUUCCUGCCUCAAGUUGAUCACAUCGUCGUCUUGGUGGAUGGGGAGAUCACAGAGGCCGGUUCCUACGAGGAGCUGCUCUCAUGCAACCAGGCCUUCGCCGAAUUCCUGCGGAACUACAGUAACGGAGCGUUGGAUGAUGAGAGAAAAGACAUCAGAGAUCCAUCCUUAUCUGAGCAGAUGGCGACGUUGAAUGAGGAGGCCACCAGCUCCAUCGCCAUGCUAUCAGAAGCGGACCAGAGCCAGAAACUUGCUGAGUCUAUCAAGAUGGGCUCCAUCUCGGGAGAUGUGAUCACUCAUGAGCCUAGGUCAUUCCCCGAGGAGAAGACACCUGAUGAGAGAGGCAAGCAGACCAUGGCCAAGGCAGAGGAUGGCGAUACGUUGAUAGAAGAGGAGACCUCCGAAACCGGCACUGUCCAGUUGGCGGUCUUCAAAGCCUACAUCAAUGCUCUGAGUACCGUAGUCUUCAUGUUCGUCAUUCUGUUCUUUGUCCUGUUCAAUCUUGCCUCGGUUCUGUCCAAUGUCUGGCUGAGCAAGUGGAGUAAUGAGACUCCAAUCAACGGCACACAGCCUGCGGAGGUGCGAGACCGUUACCUGGGGGUGUAUGGUGCGCUGGGGGUCGCACAAGGCAUCAUGUUGCUGCUAGCCUCCUUCACCUUAUCCUUCGGUGUCCUCCGAGCUGCCCGCUCCCUCUACCAGCACCUGCUCUGCAACGUCCUCCGCGCCCCCAUGUCCUUCUUUGACACCACCCCCAUGGGCCGGAUCCUGAACCGCUUCAGUAAGGACACCCAUACCAUCGAUGACGUCAUCCCCAACAACCUGGCCGCGUACCUAGCGGCCUCCAUCCGAAUCAUAGCCACCUUGAUCAUCAUCACCUGGAGCACUCCCGUGUUUUGCGCCAUCGUCGUGCCGACAAUAAUUGUGUACUUCUUAGUCCAGAGAUUCUACAUUGCCACAUCGCGGCAGCUGAAGCGGCUGGAGUCCGUGACCAGAUCCCCCAUCUAUUCCCACUUCUCGGAGACCAUUGCCGGAACCAGUUCCAUCCGCGCCUACCGCCGCUCCGAGCGCUUCAUCCAUCACAACGAGCAUCUGGUCGACAACAACCAGUUGACGUACUAUCCCAACAUAGUGUCCAACAGAUGGAUGUCACUGCGUCUGGAGUUCCUGGGCAACUUGCUGGUCUUCUUUGCCGCACUCUUUGCCGUGAUUGGUCGAGACUACAUCAGCUCAGGCAUUGUGGGUCUGUCCGUAUCCUACGCAUUACUGAUAACUGGAGCGUUGACAUGGCUCGUACACGUCACAUGCGAUCUGGAAGCCAAUAUUGUUGCUGUGGAACGCAUCACGGAAUACACACGCGUCAAAACGGAGGCAACAGCUAUAGUUGAAGACAACAGACCAGACAAGAACUGGCCUGCUAGGGGCCGCGUGGAGAUGGACGACUACUGCGUGCGCUAUCGGGUCGGACUGGACCUCGCACUCAGGCAAAUCUCCUGUGUCUUCAAGGCCAAAGAGAAGAUCGGCAUCGUGGGAAGGACCGGGGCCGGGAAGUCCUCCCUGACGCUGUCCUUGUUCCGAAUCCUGGAAGCUGCUGGCGGCUCCAUCAGGAUAGACGACGUGGACAUCUCAACCAUUGGACUACACGAUCUCAGAUCACGCAUCACUAUCAUUCCACAGGACCCGGUGCUGUUCGCUGGUACCCUGCGCAUGAACCUUGACCCCUUUGGUCAGUAUUCGGAUGAGGAAUUGUGGGAUGCCCUGCGACACUCUCACCUGCACGCAUUUGUGUCGCGACUGUCGAAGAAGCUGGAGUACGAGUGCACGGAGGGAGGGGACAACCUCAGCCUUGGACAGCGGCAGCUGAUCUGCCUGGCUCGCGCCUUGCUCCGCAAGACCAAGAUUCUUGUCCUGGAUGAGGCCACGGCUGCCGUGGAUCUAGAAACAGACGAUCUCAUCCAGGCCACGAUACGCACCGAGUUUGCUGAUUGCACGGUCAUCACCAUAGCGCACAGACUCAACACCAUCAUGGACAGCACGAGGAUACUGGUGCUGGACGGGGGUGAGAUAGCCGAGUUUGAUGAGCCUACGCAACUCCUGCAGGCUGGCGGUAUCUUCUACAAGAUGGCCAGAGACGCUGGCUUGGCAUGACAAGAAACCGUGGUGUCAUUUUCAUGCAAGAAACCGGUCGAGACCAACGAUCCAUGGUAGGACUUAUGAUGCAUCAAGGAGCUAUGAUAAGUUGUUGCUACAGCAAAGAAUUUCUAUAACCACGAUGCAAGUGCAACAUGUCCAACUGUUCUUGUACUUUUUCACUUGGGUCUGCUUGAAAGCCUGUGGUUUGAUGGAAUGUCAGUGAAUGAUAACACUGUAUAAUACGGUUGCUAAUGGGUUCAGAUCAUUCUUUUUACUGUUGUAUUACAAAACUGAGGCUUGGUCUAUAUUUUUAGAAAGAAGCUGAUCUAACUUUGUCGUUGCUAGUGUUGUACAGACUGUUUCAGGGAUGCUCACUUAUGUACUGAUAGUCAUUACGAGGCCGGGUUCCAUGACAUAAUGAAUAUUCACAAGCACAAGCCAGCUGUCAUGACUUUAACUUAAUGUUAAGUUUGUGAAAUGAUAUUCAGGAUGAGUCAAAAAACACGAAACCCAAAUGUUGGGACCAUUG